AUGAGUCGUAGUUUUGGUUAUCGUCCUCGUCCUUAUUAUUAUGGGCUUUCUGGUCGAAAUAAUUAUGGACAUAUUAAUGAAUAUUACUGGGCCAAUACUACCGAAAGUUUCAUUUUUUCUUUAGGUAAUGGUAAUGAUUUGAAAAAUUUGACGAUUAGUCGAGUUGUAAAUGAAAGUGUUGCAAUGUAUGAAUCUAAUUAUCAAAAUAUGGCGUUAAAUUUUGGUAAUUCCGAUUUGGUUAUCAAUAAUAAUACUGGCACAUGCAAUCAAGCUCAAUAUGAAAGUAAAAUUUUAGAUACAAAUAGUUUUACUAUUGAGGAAAUGGAGAUUUUUACACUUUAA